AUGAUCGUAACAUUUUCCAUCAGAAAGCAAGUAGAAUAUCUUCUUACCAAUGGAUCAUUCGAUGAUACACUUCUGAGGAGAAGUAUGGCCAGUUCUAUGAAAAAGAGUUCCUUUGAAGAGUAUCGUCCGGAAAUCGCGAUGAUGUCAGCAAUCAUGCUAACGACUAACAAGCCGAAUGAUUCGGAUUUUUCGAGUAUUUUUGAACGUCUCAAAAACAAAAUCGACGAUACAACUAAAAACCCUAUUCAUGUUUUAAUCAGAAAUGUGAAUUACAAAAAUGUUCUAAACAGCUCCAGUGUUCCCAAAGGCCGCUCAUCGACAAGUCUAAUCGAUCCUAUUACUCUCAACAGUAGAACAGGAAGAGAAGUGCAAGAGAUGUACAAUCAAGCUCUUCCAACAUUGUUGAUUUGCUGUGAAAGAGCGGACACCUGGCAAGCCGCCGUAUUAUUUCACUGGCUUCUCACCAGAAUGACGACAAUUCCAUCUUCGAUACUUCGAUACUGUUAUCGUGUUGUUUUAUGGCUAGCAAUUGCUUCCCCAGUUUUCAAUACUCAUCAUGAACCCAUCUACUCCUUCACCAAUUGGGUUACCAUUCAUUACACCGAUCAGUAUAUGAGAUAA